UUUUUUUAAAAAAAAAAAUCCAAAAUUAUAAAUAGAUGAGGUUGAUGCAGCUGUUCCAUUAUGCACCAAAUCACAUGUUCGUUCAUUCAUUCAUUGAUUUCAUUCUAACAUUGGGAUUGAAAUCAAAGAAACGUUCAGAGCACAGAUUCAUCAACUGUAACAGCUGCAACACCUAACAACCACUGGAUUCGUACUUUUAAACCCUAAACCUGAUCGAUUCCAUGGUUGAACACUACAACAAGCUGGUGAAGCUGGUGGCGAGGGCUUUCUACGACGAUCUAACGAGCAAAGGUGAUAAUCAACCCAAAAGCGGAAGAAGUGAUAACAGAGGAAUCGCCGUUGUGAUCCUCGACGCCCUCACCAGACGGCAAUGGGUUAGGGAAGAAGACUUGGCAAAGGACCUCAAAUUGCAUACGAAACAGCUUCGUCGAACUCUGCGGUUCUUUGAAGAAGAAAAGAUAAUAACCCGGUUUCACAGAAAAGAGACAGCAAAAGGUGCAAAAAUUUUCAGUGCUGCUGUAGCUGCUACAGUCGAUGCUCAACAUCCAACAAAAGAGGGAGAAGAAAAGGUCAAGCUGCACACACACUCUUAUUGUUGUCUAGAUUAUGCACAGAUAUAUGAUGUGGUCAGAUACAGACUGCAUCGCAUGAAGCAUAAGCUGAAAGAUGAAUUGGAUAACAAAAAUACAGUUCAGGAAUAUAUAUGUACAACCUGUGGGAAAAGAUACAAUGCUUUGGAUGCAUUGCGGUUGAUUUCAUUUGAAGAUGACGAUUUCCAUUGUGAAAGUUGUAAUGGAAAACUUGAGAUUGAAAGCGAUAAGAUUGCUGCUCAAGAUGGGGGAGAUGUUGAUGAAAAUGCAAGACGACGUCGACGUGAAAAGUUAAAAGAUAUGCUUCAAAAAUUGGAGUCGGAGCUCAAGCCUUUAACAGACCAACUCAAUCGAGUAAAAGACUUGCCUGUCCCAGAUUUUGGCAAUCUUCAAGCAUGGGAAGCUCGAGCUGCUGCUGCUGGGCGUGCAGCCGGUGGAGAUGGUUCUGAUAAAUCUCAGCUUGGACCAAUCCCUUACAGUGGAGAUACAAAGGUUGUAGUUGAUUUCAAUGGCUCCGAAUUAAAAGGAGCUGUUAAGUCAGAAACUGAAAGUGCCAGUUUAAAGGUUUUGCCACCAUGGAUGAUUAGACAGGGGAUGGUUCUUACAAAAGAACAGCGAGGAGAGGUGAAGCAGGAAACAAAAAUGGAUGGGACUUCAACAUCCACAGCAAAACAAUACUCGGAAGACAAAAAGUCAUCAAUUUUGCAAGAGGAUAACAAGAAUAUACAGGAUGAGUAUAUCAAGGCUUAUUAUGCUGCUUUACUUAAGCAACAAGAAGAAUGGCAAGAUGCAUCAAAAAAUCAAGAACCAAAUGCACCUGCAGCAGAGGAUCCUUCUAGCAGUACUUCCAAUCGUCAGGUUGGAGUCAAAUCAAAACGCGAGGAAGACGAGGAAGAUGAUGGUACUGAGUGGGAGGAUGCUCCAUUUGGAGGCAUUGGAAAUGGUUACAAGGUCAAUGAUUUGAAUGUUAAAUCUGACAAGGAUCAACCGCAACCACAAGCAGAUGCUAGUGAUGAUGACGAUGAUGUUGACUGGGAAGAAGGCUAAUGAAGUUACGUGGUUGGUUAAGUAUGAUGAAAUGGCUUUUUCUGAUAUACAAGGAGAAGGUGCUCUUGUUCUUAAGCAUAGAGCCAUGCUGCUGCAAGUUAUGCAGCUAAAAAACCCGGGUUAGCUGUUCAUAUUCUUUAGUUGCUGUGGUGCAUUUUGCUUGGUGACGCUUCCCUGAACUUUUAAAGAGAAGAUUUGGAGGGUUGGUUUUAUAGCAUCGGUUAUCAUAAAUUUUUCUCUUCAUAUAUUGGAUGGAUCAACUC